UUUCCCAGCUUUUCCGCCACCAGCUGAUUUUCCGGAGCCUGCGCUCUAGACACUGGGGUUGGUUGGAGUUUUGGGAGUCGUACACAGAGGAAGACAAUAAAAAAAAUUUGUUUGUAUUGCCAUCGCGUGCAAUUGUAGACGUUUUUUUUUGUAGAAAUAUUUAAAAGAGUUAAACAGAGUCCAGCAGCUUUGAACAAAUAAUAUGGAGGACAGCGGCAUCGACAGCGAGGACAGGCAAUCCAACAUAUACGAGGAUGGGGCAGCGGGACUGCUGAAAACGGCCAGCGGAGCCCCCAAACAUAUGUCGGACCUGGAGUUUGAGGUGGCUUUUAGGGGUGCCGGCAAGGUGUAUGCCCCCACGACCAUAGAAAUCGAUGAGGCGGAGCAGCAGAAGGCGGCCAGUGCCUCCGGCGGUCGAGGCCACGAGCCACCCAACACAUGCCGCAUACUGCAGCGUAAACUGGAGCUGAAGGUCGAGCGAGCCCGCCGGAAUUACACUCAGUUUCAGGAGGAGCAGCGUUUCCUUAAUGCACAGGCCACCAAGACGCAAUCGUCAACGCUGAUUCCAAUCAAUCGACUUCCCAUACCGGGCGAACCCGAACACAAGCCCCUCGUGGACUACAAAUCCGAAAGCAGCGAUGAGGCCGAGGAGAUCUCGUUCUUUCCGGCACAACUGAAGCGGUCCCAGAAGCGCCGCCAGCAGAACCACGAACUGACUGACACCUUCAGCAUACAGGAGAUGACCAUUGACUCGGAUCUGGAGUCGGAUGACAGUGCUGGCACCCAGAAUCUGGAGCUACUGUUGCCCUCCAUGAAGAGCACCAUUUUGGACAAGUUUAAGGCGUGCUUCGGCUGCUGGCGGCGCAGGUAAUGCCAGGCGGAGGAGCGGAGGCAUAUCAGCGGACGAAGACGAUUCAGGCACAAAUCACCACGUUAUUGACAGGCACUAGCAACCUACGUACUUAAUAAUAAACUCCAUUGCCACUACAGAGCUGUAAACAUAGAUUUAUUUGGCUUAGUAAAAUCCAUUCGAUAAAUAUUAAUCAAUACGAAAAGCGCGA